CCAUUCCUUCAUUUGAAUUGUGGAUAUAUCUACUUGCAUCUGUUAGGCAUCUUAAAUUAAUUCAUCCUUUUCUCAAGCUAUCUCAUCUGCCAUCAAUGGCCUCUUCAAGCUGUCUCAAGCCAACUUCUUCUCUCAAAUUCCCCAACCUAAAAUCCAACUCAUCAUUUUUUCAGUCACCAAAACAACUGGGUUUUGUUCACUCACAUGCCUUUUCAAUCCAAAAGUUGAAACUCUCCACAUCUCAUCAGGAAUAUUGUUUCUCAUCAAGAAGAAGCUCCAAGAGCAUUGCCACUACAGCUUUCUCCUUCAACAAACCUAAGUUCUCACCAGAAUCUCGAGAGCCAACGAAAGUUCAAGAACUAAAUGUGUAUGAAAUCAACGAGCGAGAUAGAGACAGCCCAGCAGUCCUAAAACUGAGUAAAAAACCAGAAUCAUCUCUGGGUGACCUAGUGCCCUUCACCAACAAGCUCUACUCUGGAGACUUAAAGAAGAGAUUAGGUAUUACUGCUGGUCUAUGUGUGCUUAUCCAGCACGUGGCAGAAAAGAAAGGUGAUAGAUACGAAGCAACAUACAGCUUCUACUUGGGUGAUUAUGGGCACAUAUCUGUGCAAGGAGCAUAUCUAACGUAUGAGGAUACGUAUUUGGCAGUGACUGGUGGGUCUGGGAUCUUUGAAGGAGUAUAUGGACAGGUGAAGCUAAAGCAAAUAGUAUUUCCUUUCAAGCUUUUUUAUACUUUCUAUUUGAAGGGGAUACCUGAUUUGCCUGCUGAGCUUUUGGGAAAGCCUGUGACCCCUUCGCCAACCGUUGAACCUGCUCCGGCUGCCAAGGCCACUUUGUCUUCUGGGACUAUUCCUCACUUCACCAAUUGAUGCUCUUUAUCACGAGCUCUACCAGGACCAUUCCUCACUCCACCAAUUGAUGCUCUUUUUCACGAGCUCUACUCUGGCUUCCGUUAUUAUUAUUAUUAUUAUCUUUGUUAUAAUUGGUUUCUAUCGGACUCUGAAGUCCAAACCUCAUAAUCCUAAACACCUUAUUCUCAAA